AUGGGCAAGACAGACGACAAGCGCGGCGCCUCGACCACUGAGGCGGCGCUCGCUGGCGCCGUGUCUGGAGGAGCGACGCGACUGGUUGCUGCGCCGCUGGACCUCCUCAAGAUUCGCUUUCAGGUGCAGACUGCUCCCAGCGGACAUAUCGAAGCCAAAUACGCGGGCUUGCUUCAGGCCGUUCGUAGCAUUUAUGCGGAAGAAGGACUGCGUAGCUUCUGGCGUGGAAAUCUAGCGGCCUCGGGGCUCUGGGUGGGCUACUCGGCGCUCCAGUUUGCCAGCUACCGCGAGUUAACCCGCUGCUGGGAACAAAGUGGGAGCAGUAAUGCGCUGGGUAUUCCAGCAUCGGUGGUCGCUGCUUUGAAUGGCGCAACCGCAGGUGCCACUGCAACCAUCGUCACGUACCCGUUGGAUCUCUUCCGAACAGCGUUUGCCAGUCAAGGAAUGCCCAAGCGGUUUCCGACGAUGCGCAGCUUGGUGGUCCACACCUGGACAACACAAGGAGUUCGCGGCUUUUACAGUGGACUGGGCGCUACCGUCUUCCAGAUCGUACCGUACAUGGGACUGAGCUUUAGUAUCUAUGCAGCGUUAAGUGAGAUAGCGAAGAAGCAUCGCAACAAGCAGGAGGAAGGUAGAACAGGCGCAUGGAUGCCGCUGACGACAGUGCUCUCGUAUGCUGGAAGCGGUGCUGUGGCUGGUUUGGUGUCAAAGCUGGCGGUGUAUCCGCUGGAUACAGUGAAGAAGCGUAUGCAGAUGCGUCACGUGCCGCGCUGCACAACGUACGGAGUUAUCCCAAUGUACUCGUCAAGCUGGUCGUGCUUUGUCGACGUGUUGCAACGUGAAGGUAUUCGCGGACUGUAUAAGGGCACCGUGCCUAGUCUACUGAAGUCCGUUGUCGCAGCCAGCACAACUUUCGCGACGUACGAACUUACUUUAGAGGUUUUGCGGCAUGUAUCGCCUCGCGAAGAUUGCGAGGAAUGGACAGAGUUACAGGCUGUCAAAGAAGAAUGA